CACAGGUUUUCAAAACCAGCCAUUAUCCUGACUCAAAUCAUCAAAUGCAUUUGCACCGCCACAUAUUUUCAAAACCCAGAUCUUUAAACAAGUUUUAAAACCACUAUAACUUAAAAGGCAAAUUACACCUGUAUAGCCAUAACUUUCACACUUUUGACAAAUAUAGCCAUUUCUAUUCGAAAACCACAAAUAGCCCAAAAAACUUAGGGUAAUGUGACAAAUCUAGCCAAAUCCGUUAGAAACUUUAACACCGUCUGUAACUCCGUUAAAUCUAUUGACGGAAUGAUGACGAGGACGGAAUCCGACCUCCACAUCAGCGACGCAUCAACAAACUGUACACGUGGAAUGCCACGUCAAUAAAUAAUUUCGAAAAUAAAAAAAAUUAACUUUCCCCUUUUCAUAUAUGUAUAGAACCUCCUUUCUCCUACCCGAUUUUCCCAAUACACGAAUUAGGGUUCUGAGGUUUAACAAUUUCGAAGGCUCUGUUCCUUCCCAGCUCUUCGACAAGCCGCUCGAUGCUCUGUUUUUGAAUGACAAUCGGCUCCGAUUCGGGAUCCCCAAGAAUCUAAGGAACUCGCCGGUUUCGGUGCUGGUGUUUGUGAACAACAAUCUCGGCGGGUGUAUUCCCGGGAGCAUUGGGAAGAUGGGGAAGACAUCAGAGAUUGGGAGAGACGGCGGUGACGAGGGCGGGGAAUCCUGAUGGUGGUGGAGAAACCGUAGCGACGACGGCGGGAGCUGGCGAGUGCGAAGGAGAUUGGCGAUGACGGAGCGGUUCGGAUACGCUGGAAACGAAGGGAUCCGACCGACAGCUGCUUCUUCUUCCUUGGCGGUGACGGUGCGGCUUUUGGCCCGCUUGCGACUGAUCGGAUUACUGAGCCUUCCGUUCCGCUGCAGCUUACUGCGUUCGAUGGGCCUUCAAUUCAAGAUGCUUCUGAUGCUGCUUCUGGGGAUGCGCUUAUUUACUUACUGACCCAUUUUCCUGUUCACCAGUUGCGCCUCUUCAUGGGGACGUUUAUCUUUCUCCAGCACUUCUUCAUGUGGAGGAUUUCCCUGCAAAUCAAAAUCAAAAUAUGGGAACCCAUGAUUGAGUGGUUUGGAAGAGGAGGAGGGGUCUGGAAGAAGGUGGAGAGAGGGGAUUGAGUGGUUUGGAAGAGGAGGAGGGGUGUGGAAGAAGGUGGGUGGGAGUCCGAUCUGGGUGAGAAGGGAAGGGAACUGAUUUUCUUUUUAAUAAUUUUGUGUUUUUUUUAAUCCACCUCAGAUGGUCGCGUAAAUCAAUCGCCAACUCAACAUAUUCCGUUAGUCCAGUCAUAUCGUCAACUAACGCUGUUAACAAAAUGGACGGAAUUGGCUAUUUCGGGUUUUCGAAUAGAUAUGGCUAUAUAUG